UUAUCACCACAGUCUAUUUGCGUGAUAUCAGUGAUAUCGUGGUUCGUGAUUAACAUUAUUCAAUUUGGAAAUAUUUCGCGGCGAAUCACUUCCAAUUCUUUUCCAAAUUUCGUGGUUUUAAAUUUUAAUAUUAAACAUAAAUAGGUACUUGAUUUUUUUUAAAUUUUUUAUAUUUACUGUUGAUUUUUGUUCUUGUUACAAUUCAUUAUUCUUGAGAAAGUUAACAAGUAUAAUAUCGAUAAUGCAUUUAUUAUAAUGCAAAUAAGUACAUGAUUGGAGUGCAUAUUAUUUUCUCUACGCGAUUAUACAAUGGACCUAAUUCAGCGGUAUAGUGGCGACAGCGACAGCGAUCAUGAUGAAUCCAAACCAAAAAUGUUACCGGUACCUGAAGCUAUUGCUACAAUGUUUGAUGGCAGACUAUAUCAUCCAAAGCCAAAUGAUCAACCCAAUUCUCACCAAGGACGAUCUCGAUUGUUCGAACACGAGCGUGGUAAUUGGGCCACUUAUGUAUAUGUACCAUGUCCAGACAUGGAUUUAAUAGAAAUAAUUCAAGAAAAAUUGACUGAAUGUGGUCUAGAAAUUAUUGAACAUCCCCAUAUCAGUCUUACAAAAACAGUUGUACUACAGUAUCAUUGGAUACAACGUUUUAUCAAUGAUGUAAAAUCUAAAUUGUCGACAAUUCUAAGAUUUACAGUCACUUUUGGAAACUUAGAGGUUUUCUGUAAUGAAAAUUGUAGUAGAACAUUUGUUGGUUUUCUUGUAGAACCUGCAGAAAUCUUAUCUCAAUGUGUUGAUCAACUAGACAAAGUCUUGUCCGAUUAUAAUUUACAGAAAUACUAUGAAGAUCCAAAAUUUCAUUUGAGUGUUGCUUGGUGUUUGGGUGAUCAGUCUAGUCAGCUGAAAACUAAAUUAAAAUCAUUAGAAUUAGAAAUUGGCACUUGUUGUAGCUUUAAAGUUGACAAACUGAUGUGUAAAACUGGUAAUAAAAAAUAUAAUUUUGAUCUAGUUUAAUUAUAUAUUGAAUGAGCUUGAAAAAAAUAUUUUACAUGUUAAUAUAUUGUUUAUUGUUUAAUAUAUAAGGUUACAUAGUA